AUGGAGGCGGUGGUGAUAGACGCUGGAUCCAAGCUCCUGAAAGCCGGUACCGCCGUCCCGGACCAAGCUCCGCCAAUGAUAAUUCCCACGCAAAUGAAGCGCAUGCUCGAGGAAGGAUCAGCAGCUGAUAGUCCAGUAGUUGAGGAUUUUACAGUUGACCCAGUGGUUCGAGGUUGCAUAAAAGAUUGGGAUGCUAUGGAGGAUUUGCUGCAAUAUGUUCUGUACACAGGUCUUGAAUGGGAAGAAGGAAAUGAAGGACAGGUUUUGUUUACUGAUCCGCUUUUCACACCCAAGGCUGUUAAAGAGCAAUUGGUCCAGUUGAUGUUUGAAACAUUUAAUGUGUCUGGAUUCUAUGCAUCUGAACAAGCAGUCUUGUCUCUCUAUGCAGUUGGGCGUAUCUCUGGAUGCACAGUUGACAUUGGUCAUGGGAAAAUAGAUAUUGCACCUGUACUUGAAGGUGCUGUGCAGCAGAUAUCCUCCAAAAGGUUUGAAAUUGGGGGACUUGACUUGACGAAGUUACUGGCUCAAGAAUUGGCCAAGUCGAAUCCCACGGUUAAUCUCAAUAUUUCUGAUGUUGAGAAAAUUAAAGAAAAGUACUCUUGUUGUGCCGAAGAUGAGUUUGCUUACAGGAAAACACAAGAAACGAAUGAGAUAGAGCAGCAUACACUUCCUGAUGGCCAGGUGAUAAGUAUUGGAAAAGAAAGAUAUACUAUUGGCGAGGCCUUGUUCCAACCUGUCAUAUUGGGGCUUGAGGCACAUGGAAUUGUUGAGCAACUUGUCCGUUGUAUUUCGACAGUUUCUUCUGAUAAUCAUCGGCAGCUUCUGGAAAAUACUGUGCUUUGUGGUGGCAUAACUGCUAUGCCUGGAUUCGAAGAUAGAUUUCAGAAAGAAGCUGGAUUAUGCUCUUCAGCUAUUCGUCCUUCACUUGUCAAGCCUCCAGAGUAUAUGCCGGACAAGCUGACAGAGUUUUCAGCAUGGGUGGGAGGUGCUAUACUUGCCAAAGUUGUGUUUCCUCAAAAUCAGCACGUUACUAAGGGAGAAUAUGAUGAAACUGGACCAUCCGUCGUUCACCGAAAGUGUUUUUGA